AUCCUUGCACUGACUGGGAGAAAGCGAGGCUGAACGAGAUCACGAUGAGGACGCACCGUGCGCACCGAGACCUGUUCUUCGGUUGUCGACGGUGAUUUUUCUACCAGUGAACGCACAGUCACGUCCAAACAUUCGUUCUACUCAUUAGGCUAUGCUAUGAGGACAGGCUCCAGAGAUGACUGAUGUGGAGCCUGUUGUCACCGACUUUGCGUCCACGAGCCGUACGGGCCGCCGUAACGCCCUGCCUGACAUCCUAGGCUCCAACGCUGCAGCGGCCACUGCGGACCUGCCUGACAAGCUGGCAGAGCUCUCCGUGGCAGAUGAUGCAGAGGGGGGGGGGGAGGGGCCAUCCGGUGGCCCGCCCAAGACCCCCGCCGAUGGGGAAGAGAAGGCUGAGGGGACGUAGUAGGGAUGGAGCUCUGGAUCACUGGAGGACUGACUACCUGAAAGGAUGGACUGACUGAUGGUAGGAUGGAUGGUCGGAUGGACGCAUGGAUGUACAGAUGGAUGGAGAAUGAUGCAGACUCUCUAUCAUGGGCCUAUUCUCCACAGACCCCACCCCCCAGCCACCCCACCCCCUCCCUCCCCCAGCACUCCCCAUUGACCAGACAACUGUAACAGCUUCAUGUGUCGUGCUAUGCAACAUCAGGACGCUCUACAAGCCAGACUGGAGAGUGGGUUGUUGAAGAAGGGAUGAAGACAUAGAAGGAGGAAAGGAACGAAUGGAGGAUGGAAGGAUUGAAGGAAGGAAAGAGAAUAUGUCGCUUGCAAGGAGGAAGAGCUGUUGUCUUUUUUUAUCAGUUUUAGGGUAUCCAUGGUUACCUCUGGCUCAUGAUUUGUUUGUGAAUAAUCAAUGAUUCUGCAUCUGCCCUGUUUCUGUGUUAGCAUAAUAUGCAGUCUAAUUGGUGAACUACAACAUUGGUCGAACACAGGUUAUGACCAUGAUUAAUGUCAUUGAUGGUUUGGCGGGAGCAGGGCUGGUCUUGUGUAUAAUAAUGUGGGGUUGUUCCAGCCACAGCGUUCUUUCAGAAUGUCUCCAUGUAGUUGUGGGAAUCUCUCUUUUUUGCACAACAAAAGUAUAAAACAUUCCAUUUGGUGAUGUAAGUACAUUUUUAUCUUAUAAUCGUUGUUUAAUAGUGUGCUAAAGUGCAACCUCUACCUUGUGAGUGUUUUUUACUGUUUAAAAAAGAGAUGUGUUGCUGACAACUGAUUUAUUAGAAGUAAUGAAGAGUUAUAUGUGUAUUUUCAUUCUGUAUAUAGAAUUUUACAUUACUGUUACAUUCGCCGCCCUGUAAAGAUUCAUUUCAACAUUCACUAAUAAACAAUAUUCUC